AUGUCUGGUCACAAAGGUUCUGCAAACUCGCAGAUAAACAACAAUCCCUUUUCAGAUGACGAAAACGACUUGAUAGACCUUGACUUGACGAAUCCUUACGCAAACUAUAACCCACAGCAUGAGUACCCACAAGUGCAAAACUCGAGCCGGGGGCAGCCGAUAUCCAACCCAUUUAACGACCAAUUUGUAAUAUCUGACGACGAGGAGGAAGAAGUGGCUGUUCCCAAUGGAAAGCCACCGAGGCCCACAAACAGGCGUAAUUCAUAUUUGAGCUCCAAUAACGAUUUACUGUCAACCGCUGAUUUUAUAGGAACCAACAAUAAUGACUACGUAAACUUGAAUAAGGAACAGCCUCGAGAUUUUGACAUAAGGCAUAUCUUUCAAAGAGUCAAGAGUAAGAUUACCGGCCGAAGCCCGACCAUCAGCGACAGGAAGCCAAAAGAACCUAGGGAAAUAUUUAUUAUGGAUCAUAGUGCUAACGCUGGGCUUGGAUACUAUGGCAAUUACAUUUCGACAACAAAGUACAAUUUCGCUACAUUCUUGCCAAAAUUUUUAUUCGAGCAGUUUAGCAAGUAUGCAAACUUGUUCUUUUUGUUUACUUCCAUUAUCCAACAAGUGCCCCAUGUGUCACCGACCAAUCGAUACACGACUAUUGGUACUUUAAUUGUGGUAUUGUUUGUGUCGGCAAUUAAGGAGAUUCUGGAAGACUUGAAGCGAGCCAAUGCCGACAAGGAACUAAAUAAUACUCGAGUUUUGGUGCUUGAUCCAGUUUCCGGUGACUUUGUGUUGAAAAAGUGGGUCAAGGUUCAGGUUGGUGAUGUUGUUAGGGUGAAUAAUGAGGAACCAUUUCCUGCCGAUUUGAUUUUAAUCAGCUCGUCCGAGCCAGAAGGGCUCUGUUACAUAGAGACUGCUAAUCUUGAUGGAGAAACCAACUUGAAAAUCAAGCAAUCAAGAACAGAAACAGCCCAUUUGAAAAGUCCAAGUGAACUAGUACGAGGGUUAUCAACCGCAAAAGUAAUGUCGGAACAACCAAAUUCGUCGUUGUAUACAUACGAGGGGAUACUCAAGGGUGUAGAGAACAGCCGAGAUAUUCCGUUGUCUCCUGAGCAACUAUUACUAAGAGGAGCUACGUUGCGUAAUACGCAGUGGGCCAAUGGGAUUGUAAUAUUUACUGGUCAUGAAACAAAGCUAAUGCGGAAUGCUACCGCAACUCCUAUAAAACGAACUGACGUGGAGCGAAUAAUUAACCUCCAAAUCAUUGCUUUAUUCUGCGUGUUGAUUGUUCUUUCCUUGAUUUCGUCAAUAGGAAAUGUCAUUAAAACAAAGGCCAAUAGUGGUGACUUGGAGUACUUGCACUUGGAAGGAACUUCAUUGGCCAAAUUGUUUUUCCAAGAUUUGUUGACUUAUUGGAUAUUGUUUUCGAAUUUGGUGCCCAUUUCGUUGUUUGUAACGGUUGAGUUGAUCAAGUAUUAUCAGGCAUUUAUGAUCGGAAGUGAUUUAGACAUGUAUUAUGAGGAAUCCGAUACUCCCACAGGGGUCAGGACAUCCUCUCUUGUUGAAGAGUUGGGACAAAUCAAUUACAUCUUUAGUGACAAAACUGGUACAUUAACACGUAACGUUAUGGAGUUCAAAGCUUGUUCGAUUGGCGGACGAUGCUAUAUUGAAGAAAUUCCCGAAGAUGGACACGUGCAGGUUAUAGAUGGCAUUGAAAUUGGCUAUCACACAUUCGACGAGUUGCGGUCUGAUUUCACCAAUAGCUCUUCCCAACAGUCGGCAAUUAUCAACGAAUUCCUCACUUUGUUAAGCACAUGCCACACUGUGAUCCCUGAAGUUGAUGGCGCCAACAUUAAAUACCAAGCAGCUUCUCCAGACGAAGGUGCAUUGGUUCAAGGUGCCGCCGAUUUGGGAUUCAAAUUUAUUGUGCGUCGGCCAAAGACUGUUACUGUUGAAAAUACCCUUACAAGAAUGAAGUCUGAAUACGAGUUACUAAACAUUUGUGAGUUCAACUCUACAAGAAAGAGAAUGUCGGCAAUCUUUCGCUGCCCCGAUGGGGUCAUCAGAUUAUUUUGUAAAGGUGCUGAUACUGUCAUAUUGGAGCGCCUUUCACAAGAAGAGCCACAACCAUUUAUUGACUCUACAUUGAGACAUUUGGAGGAUUUUGCAGCCGAAGGAUUAAGAACCCUUUGCAUUGCGUCGCGCAUUGUUUCUGAAGAAGAAUAUCAACAAUGGAGUAAAAAAUACUACGAUGCUUCCACGUCAUUACAAGACCGUAGCGAAAAGAUGGACGCUGUUGCCGAACUCAUUGAGACUGACUUGUUCCUAUUGGGUGCAACUGCCAUUGAAGAUAAAUUGCAAGACGGGGUGCCGGAAACUAUACAAACGUUGCAGGAUGCGGGUAUCAAGAUUUGGAUUCUAACAGGUGAUCGACAAGAAACCGCUAUAAACAUUGGUAUGUCUUGUAAAUUGCUAAGCGAAGACAUGAAUCUUUUAAUCGUGAACGAAGAAACGAAAACAAACACGAGGCUAAAUCUUCAAGAAAAAUUAACGGCAAUUCAGGAACAUCAGUUUGAUGGCGAAGAUGGUUCUUUGGAGUCUUCGUUGGCAUUGAUUAUCGACGGCCAUUCUCUUGGGUUCGCUUUAGAGCCAGACUUGGAGGAUUUGUUGAUUGAGUUGGGAUCGCGGUGUAGAGCCGUUAUAUGCUGCCGUGUUUCCCCCUUGCAGAAAGCCCUUGUUGUUAAAAUGGUAAAAAGAAAGAAGAAACAGUCCUUGCUUCUUGCCAUUGGUGAUGGUGCAAAUGAUGUAUCAAUGAUUCAAGCUGCUCAUGUAGGUGUCGGAAUAAGUGGAAUGGAAGGCAUGCAAGCUGCAAGAAGUGCGGAUGUCUCCAUAGGACAAUUCAAGUAUUUGAAAAAGUUGUUAUUAGUGCAUGGAUCUUGGUCGUACCAGCGUAUCUCCAAUGCCAUAUUGUACUCGUUCUACAAAAACAUAGCCUUGUACAUGACACAGUUUUGGUUUGUUUUUGCCAAUGCAUUCUCAGGUCAAUCAAUUGCGGAGUCGUGGACGCUCACAUUCUACAAUGUGCUUUUUACCGUGCUUCCUCCAAUUGUCAUGGGGGUAUUUGAUCAAUUUGUAAGUGCAAGGCAGUUGGUAAGGUAUCCACAAUUGUAUCAGUUGGGACAACAGCGAAAGUUUUUUAACGUCGCUGUGUUUUGGAGCUGGAUUGUGAAUGGGUUUUACCAUUCAGCGGUGAUUUUUCUUUGCUCAUUUUUCAUCUACAGGUACGGCAAUGUAAUGUCUAGCGGCUUGACAACUGACAACUGGGCCUGGGGAGUUGCUGUAUACACUACGUGUACCUUAACAGCGUUGGGUAAGGCUGCUUUGGUGGUGACAUUGUGGACAAAAUUUACCUUGAUUGCUAUUCCUGGAUCCUUCCUCUUGUGGUUAGCAUGGUUCCCUGCGUAUGCGACUAUUGCUCCAUUGAUAAAUGUUUCUGACGAGUAUAGAGGAGUGCUAGCUGCUACUUACCCUUUGCUUACAUUCUGGGCAAUGGUAUUCGGGGUGUCAGUCUUGUGCUUAUUAAGAGAUUUUGCUUGGAAGUUUUACAAAAGGCAGACCAGUCCCGAGACCUAUCACUAUGUGCAAGAGAUCCAAAAAUACAACAUACAGGACCAGAGACCACGUAUGGAACAAUUCCAGAAAGCGAUCAGAAAAGUCCGCCAGGUGCAAAGAAUUAAGAAACAGAGGGGAUUUGCCUUUUCACUGGCAGAGGGAAAUGACCAGGAGAAGUUGAUGCGGUUGUACGAUACUUCGAAGCAAGCGGGUGUAUAG